AUGGACAUUCUACUCAGUGAGAGCCUGUUUGGUCGCACCGCCAACUACCUCACCAAAGACAAGGCUUUUCCUCAUCAUCGUGAUUUAACCAAUAAAGAGUCUUCCAUCGAGCUUCAGGACUCGACAGGCCAGCAUGCUGGAGACCUCGACCGGCCUAGAAAUUGGCCGACCCUAGUGAAGUCUUUUGUCAUGGCAGACGUGAUGCUCCUCAACUUUAGCUUCUACGCAGCGUCGGCCAUCUUCACGCCGAGUAUUCCGCUGAUCGAGGAGAAACUCGGCGCGAACGCAAGCCAGGGCACGCUGGGACUGUCCCUGUUUGUUAUUGCAUAUGGCAUCGGCCCCCUCAUUCUGUCGCCCCUCUCCAACCUACCGUCCAUAGGACGCUCGCCCGUCUACGUUCUCGGAUCACUAGCAUUCUGCCUUAUCAACAUUGGGACAGCCCUGGCCAAGAAUGUUUCUACAAUAUUAGCGCUCCGCUUCGUCGGUGGUUUCGUCGGCAGUGCCCCCAUAAGCGUCGGCGGCGCCACAUUGAUGGAGAUAUAUGGCCCGCCCGAGGUCCCGUAUGCCAUUGCAUUUUACGCCGUCAGUGGUGUUUGUGGGCCGAUUCUAGGCCCAAUCUUUGGAACCUUGGCUGUUACCCGCUGGAAAACAUGGACGGCGACGCUCUGGCUUCUUGCUGGCAUCACCGGGUUUACGACCAUCUUCAUCUUCUUCUUCCUGCCCGAAACACUCAUGGCCAAUAUUCAGCACCGCCGAGCAUGUCGCCUGCAGCAGGAAAAUACGCAGGGCAAACAUCAUUCAUUGCGAAGCUUUUUCCUCGGUGUCGCACGCCAGACAGUCGACGACUUUAAGCUCUCCUGCAUGGAUCCCGUCAUCUUGUUUGUCAACAUACACACGAUGCUCAUUUAUGGCAUUUUGUAUCUGUGGUUCGAGCUCUUUCCGUUUGUCUUCGGAGGCAUAUACCGCUUCGAUGCGACACAACAGGCGCUUACUUUCUUUGGCAUCCUCGUCGGCGCCGUACUCUCGGUCUCAGCAUACCUUCUCUGGCUCUACUUCGUCUACCAACCCCGAGUCGCCGACCCUGAGACCAUUGUACAGCCUGAAGACCGCCUCCGGCCCGGCCAAGUCGGUGCCGUCUGCAUCCCCAUCUGCCUCUUCGUCUUUGCCUGGACAUCUCGCGAAAGCAUCCACUGGAUCGUUCCCAUUAUCGGUUCUGGCUUCUUCGCCCCCGGCUUCUAUCUCACCUUCCAGUCCAUCCUCAACUACCUCGGCGAGUCGUACCCACAGCACGUUGCUGGUGUCUUUGCAGGCAACACCUUCUUUCGGAGCUCGUUUGGUGGCGCGCUGCCUCUGGCUGCGCCGCGCAUGCUGCAGAAUCUGGGCAUCGGAUGGGCAUCGAGCACACUGGGCUUCAUAUCCCUCAUGCUGGUGCCACUGCCGUUUAUUUUGGAACGUUAUGGGAAGAGGCUGCGAUCAUGGAGCAGAUAUGCGAACUAA